CGUUUUUGUUUUAUUUACAAACAAUUAUUGUUUCGCGAAUUUUUAACGCGUCAUUUCCAUACAUUGAAUUUUUAAUUGCAAUGGAUUCUACUGAACUGCUAUCCGAUUUACCCGAUGAAAUUGCAAACGCUUCUCUAUGCUCGGCAUGCGAAGGGUACAUAUCAUGUGGCCCAGUCAGUUAAGGAGCUAAAUGGUAACUUCAUUUGUGGACGCUGCCAUGAAACUGAACCAAAUGCUGUUUCGCAACUUUGCUACGAACGGAUGAUGUCAAAUUUUACAUUUCCAUGUCGGUACGACAAGGAAGGGUGCACUGAUCGCCUUCGUUUCAAUUCGAGUUUGGAGCAUGAACGAAAAUGUCAGUAUCGCCCAAUAGUUUGCCCUUCAGUACUAAAAAAAGCGUGCACUCAGUCUAUUCCUGCUUGCCAGUUGUACACCCACUUUAUAGAGGCCCACAAAGACUUAAUCAGCAAUGAUGGUCAAUUUAAAAUUCAUUUAGACGAGAAGACAAGGUACAAUGCCCUAAUGCUUCACGACGACAACACAGUUGUGGUAAAAUAUUUGUAUGACGACGUUGAAAGACGUUUGCACUUGGAAGUUGCCUAUGUAUCCAGUGAUGAAGACUCUCUCUAUUACCAACUCCAGCUCAUAAACGGUACAAAUUACGAUAAUAGUUUGAGCCUUUCUCAGCAAGCCUGUACAUUAUACGAGACCCAAGGAAUCACUUCGACAAACUGUGCGGUUAUCGACCUGGAGAUGUACUUAGCUGUUCUGGAAAAUCCCCCAUCAUUAAUUCUGAAAAUAUCACUUACGUCUCUUGUGGAGUACUCGACAAGGAGUGGUUCUGAAAUGCAAACUCUUCAAUUAAAGGCUCUUAGACAUUCCAGUAACGAAAAAGAAGAACAAUCGGAGCCAAGUGAAGCGUUUGUCAAUUUGGAGAACUUCCUUUGCCACGCGUGCAAAUCAAUUACAUCGACACCAAUGUACCAUCCCUCCGAGGAUAUCUCCCUACAGUAUUGUGAAUCUUGCCGAGAGGAUGACAUGAUACAGUCAUACGAGGUGAAUGGGAACGAUAAUUAUCCGUGCCGUUGGAGAGGCUGCACCUUUUUGGGAGACAUAAACAGUGUCUUUGAUCAUAUUAAGACGUGCACGUUUAAGAAGUACAUAUGCCCAUUUUACACCUCCUGCGAGAAAAUGUCUUUUAAACACAACCAAUUUGAAGCUUUCAUUAAGCACUUAAAGUUGCAUUCGACAUAUUGUCCGAACCCCGAGUCGAUUACCAUUCAACUCUUCGAUAGAAACUCGUCUCCAUCCGAUUACGUUGAAAAGUCCUAUUUUACGGGUGUAGGAAAUGAAGCUGUCGUUUUUAAAUGCGCUAUCGAACCACAUAAGUGUAAUUGGACCUUGCGCUGCGUUUUACCGGAUAAAAUUGAGGCAACCGUCUUUUUUAGACAUGACCAUUGUAGGUUUACGUCCAAGGUUUUUACAUACGAUACACAGAGACUUGUGGACCUUAGUAAAGGAGGCAUAGAUUUUCCCUUAUGUUUUACAGAGUAUCCUUGUUUGACUGCUGUUAUUAGUCUCAGAAACACCGAAUAAAUUGUAAUUAUUU